AUGUCUGAUUUAACUUUCCAAUAUGCUAAUGAAUGUGAUUUGGAAAUACAUUGCUCACCGUUUGGAUUGAGCGGAUUGUAUGUCAAGAUUAAUGGGAGUAAUAUAAUGGGGAUUGGAUCAACCAUGGGACUUAUUACAGGCAAUACAAGCGGGCUCUUGUAUUACAACGAUAGUAAUGAUUUAAUCGAUAAAAAGUUCAAGUUGUAUGUUGUGGUUGACGAUGAAGGUUAUCUUCGUAUAGACUUUACAAGAAUAUUCACAGAGAAUGAAGAUGAAAAAUCUCUACAGCAGCAGCAGCAGCAGCAGCAUAAUAACCAAGAAGUCGAACCAAACGGUCCAGACACACCUGGUUCUGCUAGUGGGAGUCACGAUGCUAAUGAUGAAUUGCCAUCUUUAAUAUUGAGAGCUAAAUGUCCCCAUGGUAAUCCCGAUAAUAUUGGACCGUUCAUUGGUAUUUUCCUGUUUGAAACCAAUGAAUAA